AUGUGUCUGCUUGUGAAGGACAACUCCGGCGAACUCAAAUAUGUCUCGGAAGGACCGCAAAGCGCUCCUGAAAGUGGGGUAGCAAAUCCGGUUCAUAACGAAGUAGUAAACCUCAGAGGAGAUGCAGUAGUUCCUCCGGCUGAAGGGCACGGCACGACAGCGCCAGCCUCCCAGGACCUUUCCCCCUGUCUAACUUCAAAUGCGGCUGGAAGUCCCCCUGCUCACCAGGAAAAUGCCUCUCUUGUGAUAGAUUCUUCCAGCGAGUCCAAAAAACGGAGCGCCAACCCCAACCAAAUCCGGAAGACUUUGAACAUGACAGAGAGACGUGGGGGCACGCGAGCUCUCGUAGAGAAGACAAGGGAGGCAUUUCUGCUGCAGAUGGCGAUUGAUACUCGGAAGGCAGAAAUACUGAAGCUGCACGACCGAGCAGCCGAAAAGUCAGAGGCCGUACGCAAAGCAGAAACCAUGCUUACGAGGGAUGCGCAGAAGUUUGACGAGUUCCUUCGAAGCAGUGAUGCGGCUGCACACGAAGCCAUUCGCAAAGCCGAUGAGGCGGCGCGGGUUUCUCAAGAGAAAGCAACAGCUGUUCGGCAGCUCCGUCAGAAGCUUGACGCCACGAAGGCUCGAGCGGCAUCUAAUCGAGAAAAAGUUCAGGAGUACUCGAGAUACAGAGCCUUCCUAACGCAUAUCACUCCCCAGGACUGGCUCAAAGACCAAGAAGAGCUCUCCAAGGAGCGUGUACAUCAGCAAAAGCAGCAAUGGGUGCAGAGUCAACUACAGCAGCAGCAGCUGCAGUAUGCCGCAGACCUAGAGGCCAUUGAUGAGGAUCUCCGGGAAAAGCUUCAGGAAUUGGAAAAGAAGAAAUCACGUGGACUUAAAGCAAGUGCUGGACCGCGAAAAGAAUUAGAGGAAAGGGCCGAAAAGAAAAAACGGCAGUUGAGCAGAAAGCUCAAAACUGCAACAGAGUUCGAGAAUCUGUUUGAUGCGGAAAACAUGGCAUUAUCUGCCCUUGACCUAUACUUUAAAGAUCCACAGGAGCCUCUUCGUCUCUUCAAAGAACUGGAGGAGGAAAACCUAUUCUUGAUCCAAAAUGCACAUGAAACUGUCACUGAGUUGGAAGCUAUGGAAAAACGAUUUGCCGACACUCGUGCUGAAAUGGGGGCCCGACUGGAAGGCCUUGAAGCUGUUAUUGCACAGCUGCAGCAACAGCUUCAACAGCAACGUGCCAAAUGCACGCAGCAUCGAGAAGAACUGGCUUCCCAGGAACAAGAGUCUGACGCGUCUGCGGCCCUCCAAAAGUUGACGGUCCAUGUGUCGGCAAUACAUGCAGCUUGCGGCUUUGAAAGCGAGCAGGAAGGAGACUGGGGAGUCUGA